UAACAGUUGUUGGUACCAUUUCCUAAUUAGUGAUGUCAACACUGUAAUAUUUUUUUAAAUUCUUUCUUCCGGUUGCCAACACAAGGCAAGAUGCGUUCCGUCACAUUGAAGGAUGUUGAACAGGACAAGGUCGUCAAGACCGUCGCUGCCCAUCUGAAAAAGACGGGCAAGGUCAAGGUGCCAGAACACAUGGACCUGGUGAAGACUGGUCGCUUCAAGGAACUGGCUCCCUACGACCCCGACUGGUUCUACGUCAGAUGUGCUGCCAUCCUCCGUCACAUCUACAUCCGUUCCCCAGUUGGAGUCAAGACUGUCACCAAGAUCUUCGGUGGUCGCAAACGCAAUGGAGUCACACCCUCACAUUUCUGCAGGUCAUCAGGCAGCAUCGCCCGCAAAGCCCUUCAAGCCCUUGAGGCCCUGAAAAUGGUUGAGAAGGUCCAAGAUGGUGGUCGCAUCCUCACUGUUCAGGGCAGGCGUGAUCUUGACAGAAUCGCCGCUCAAGUCCGCCUAAAGGCCAAGCAGGCCGCUAAGCAGCAAGUCAUCGUUCUUUUCAUUGAAAUAUUGAAUUCGCUCGGUUGUGUUUGGAGAUGCAGUGAUUACAAAAUGUUGUUGGCAUUUGGACGUGGUAUCGGCUUUACUGUUUUACUGUGCUUAUUAACGUGCGUUGUUUCUUUGCGUCAGUAUGGGACGCCGGGUAACACUUUAUCCGUAACUGAAGAUGCGGACCAGAGCCGUGGCAAAUUGCAAGUUAUCAAUAGAUUCGCCGAGAAUGAAGACAGUUCCCGUUUGGAAAGGAGAAAACGUGAAGCGACAACGCUAACAACUCCCACUGUACAGAAAAACAUAAGUACAUGGACUACACAUCUCAAUGACAGUCACCAGCAGUUGAUGGUCCAUUGGGUUGGUGAAGGGAGUAAUGUCAUCAUCUGUCUGGCCAGAGACUCCAGUCCAAGGAACAAAGGAGUUUUGUCACCAUCAGCUCUCUUCAUUUCCUAUGACUAUGGCAAGAACUUCACCAAUAAGACAGAGGAGUUCAGACUGGGCCCUGGACCUGACAGUGGAUAUGCACAGCUGGAUAAAUUCUUCAAUCACCCUAAAUAUCCAGAGUUUUGCGUUUUCGUUGACUCGACGAAUAAGAAGUUGUUCUACACGAGCGACAAUGGACGCAAUAUUCAUCGAUCCGAUCUCGUCUUCCAUCCCAGCGAGCUCUCUUUUGAUGAGGAGUUUCCUGACAAAUACGUCAUUUUGGACAAAGUCGACAUCAAUAGAAAACUGUACCUGACACUAGACGGCGGUAAGACAUUCAAGAUGAUCCAAAGCUACGUGAAGACGUUCUUCUGGUCUUCCGGGCCUGGUUUCCCGAAGAUAUUCUACAUGGAGCGAUGGAAGCCAGACGGCACGAGCACGGUGUUCAGUGCCAGCGACCCGACUGACCUGGUCAACGCUGAGGUGCUGUUCGAAGAAGCCAAAGAUUUCCAAAUCAAAGGAGACUACAUGUUCGCUACGAAGCAAUCCAAAGAUAGAAACACCCUGCAUCUUUACAUUUCCCACCAAAGAGGUCCAUUCUACAAGGCCGAGUUCCAAACAGAGUUAGACCUGAAAAGGUUCCACAUAGCAGACGUUACUGACAAACGUAUAUUCGUCUCUGUCAUGCACACUGAUUCUCUGGCUAACCUGUAUGUGUCAGAGAUAAGCAACAAUUUCACUCAGUACAACUUUGUAUUGAGCUUGGAGCAGAUAUUGUGCUACUUCCCUGAUGCUAAUUGGAAGGAUAGCUGGCUAGAGGACGUGACAGAAGAUCCAUUCACGGAUUUGUACCGCGUGGAAGGGUUGAAAGGCAUUUACAUAGCGUCGAGGGUUGACUCAAAGGCGCCCGUCUCAACACUUGGGCCGGAACAUCUGAUCUCGUUGAUAACUUUUGAUCAUGGAGUCACUUGGUCACCGAUCAAUCCGCCCACUGAAGAUGAGAAUGGUAAACCAUUGAAUUGUCACAUUGGAAACUCAUGCAGUCUUCACUUAUGUCAGAAAUUCAGUCAGCUGUACCCAGUUACAAGGUCAGCAAGUAUUAUGAGCUCGAAAUCGGCUCCAGGCAUCAUAAUGGCAACUGGCGUUGUUGGAAAAUCUCUCAAAGGUAUUCCCGGAGUGUACAUCAGUAGGGACGCCGGCCUCACGUGGAAGAGGAUACUCAAAGACUAUUACUUCUUUAACUACGGAGACCACGGCGGCGUCCUCGUAGCCGUCAAGUAUUUCAAAUCUCGCGGCGAAACCAGAAAGAUAUUAUAUUCCACAAACGAAGGCAUCGAAUGGAACUCUUAUCAGUUCAAUGCCGAUGACCUGCGGAUCUACGGGCUGAUGACCGAGCCUGGAGAGAAUACCACGACGUUUACUAUGUUUGGGUCGGCGAAUGAGCAGCAUCAGUGGAUUAUAAUCACGAUAGACCUGAGAAACACUUUCGCUCGUAACUGUGGUGACGAAGACUACAAGUACUGGUCGCCGUCGCCUCCCAACUCCUCAGUGUCUUGUGUGCUCGGCACAAGGAAUACAUUCCAGCGACGCGUAGCCCAUACUAACUGCUACAACGGAAUAGAUUACGACAGACCCUUCAAGAAAGAGACUUGCGAAUGUAGUCGCCGAGAUUUUGAAUGUGAUUUCGGAUUCAUGCUAGCCGGCAACGAAUGCAUUCAUAAUAAAUCAUCCAAAUAUGACCCUUACGCCAUUCCCGCUGAUUGCCAACCGGGACACUUCUACAAGCGCACUAAGGGUUAUAGGAAAAUUGACGGCGAUGUGUGCACGGUCUCCGGGUACUUAUCUUAUGUCCCAGAUAUGAUCCCUUGCCCUAUUGAAGAGCCAACUGAGUUCUUAUUGGUAGCUUUGGGCACUAAGAUCGCCCGUAUAGAUUUGUUUGACAAUACCACAAUUUACCCCGUAGUCAAUGAAAGGAAUAUAGUAGCUAUCGAAUUUGACAUGAAGAACAACUGCAUAUAUUGGGCUGACAUAGAAUUGGACAAGAUCAGUCGUCAAUGCUUUAACAACGGUACAGCUGAAGAAGUUAUUGUUGACAGAGACUUGGCUAGUAUUGAAGGUAUGGCGUUUGAUUGGAUUUCUAACGUUCUAUUCUUCGUUGAUGGAUUGAGGAGAAAGAUUGAAGCGGUCAGAACUGAUAUGACAGGAGAUAUCAGAAUGAGGGUCACGAUUCUAGACUCGACUGUUCUAUCGAGACCACGAGGUAUUGCUGUACAUCCUAAAGCAGGUUACCUGUUCUGGACCGACUGGGAUAGGAACAAUCCGUCAGUAUCGAGGUCAAAUCUUGACGGUACCGACGUGAAGAAAUUGUUCGGCAAACCAAUCGUUAAGUGGCCUAAUGGGAUAACGAUCGAUCAAAUGGCCGAGAGAAUAUACUGGGUGGACGCCAUGGAGGAUUACAUCGCCAGCUCCGACUUAAACGGCAGAUACUUCAGGAGAAUCAUGUGGAAUGAUGGCAGAGUGACGCAUCCCUUCGCCGUCGCAGUAUUGAAAGACAAGAUGUAUUGGGACGAUUGGAAGGUUAAAUCGAUAUUUGUGGCUGACAAAGAUUCUGGAUCGAAUGUAAUGACGAUUAAUGACUCGUUCGUCGGUUUAAUGGACUUGAAAGUGUUCGCACAUUUUGUUCAGCACGGCAGUAACGCGUGUUCGUACAAGAAUACGAGUUGCGAUGCGAUAUGUUUGGGAGGGCCGGGCAAUACCUUCAGCUGCCUCUGUCCCGAUGGGUUGGUGAUGAAUCAUGGCAAAUGUAUGUGCAGUAACAACACUGAGCCGUACGCUAACAUGACCUGCCCGGAAACUGCAGUGUCUACUUGUGGACUGGACCAAUUCAUGUGCAAGAACGGUAAAUGCGUAUCAUCAUUUUCGCGAUGUGACGGCAACAACGACUGUGGAGAUACGUCUGAUGAAGUCGGCUGUAUGUGCGUACCUCCCAUGAUUAUGUGCGACAACUCGCGGUGCUACCUACCUCAUUGGAGGUGCGACGACGAUAUCGAUUGCGCUGACAAGAGCGACGAAAAAGAUUGUGGGCCCCGUAACUGCACAGAGAAUAAGUUCCAAUGCGACAACGGACAUUGUAUCGAGAAGCGAUGGGUUUGCGACGGAGAUGACGAUUGUAGAGACGGAUCUGAUGAGAGGAAUUGCACGGUUCAAACAAAGCGUCCAGACAUUAUAGAGAGUUGUUCCGGCAACGGUUUCGCUUGCACCAACGAUAGUACUCACGACGCUCACCCUUGCAUUCCCAACUCCUGGGUCUGUGACGGGGAGAAAGAUUGUGACAACGGAGAAGAUGAGAGCGAGGAACAUUGUAAGGACUCCACUUGUGCUCCGACCAUGUUUAGGUGUCCCAGUGGCAAAUGUAUCUUCAAGUCUUGGGUAUGCGACGGCGAGAACGACUGCGGCGAUGAUCACCAUUCAGAUGAGAAAAACUGCACCAACACCAAUCAUUCGAAAUUGCUCCCUAUCCCCGGGACAGAUAAGCCUAACUUCCCUAGCAACGGGGCCUGUUUGGAUUGGAUGUUCAAGUGUGACAAUGGCCAGUGUUUGCCCGACUGGUGGAGAUGCGAUGGCGUCAACGAUUGCGGAGAAGAUGACCGGUCCGAUGAGAUCGGGUGUGGCAUGCCCGAACUAAGACCGGUCACGCCCGAGCAUCAUACGCCUAUUACCAGAAAGUGUGGGAAGAACGAUUUCACUUGUGCCCCUGGUCUAUGCAUACCGUUACAAUGGGCCUGCGACGGCGCAGUAGACUGCCUGGACGGGUCUGACGAGCGUGACUGCCCAGCACGCGGCGCCAUACCUCCGCGCUGUGGGCUCGUGGAGACGCCGUGCCGCGACGGCAGCGCCUGCGUGCGCACCGAGCAGAUCUGCGACGGACACUUCGACUGUGAAGACAAGAGCGAUGAGAUGAACUGUCCUGGGACCUCGAGCCACAAACCAACAGUGGAAUGUCCGCGAAGCUACCUCAUGUGUGACGAUGGUACAAACUGCGUAUCACUGUUAGGCGUCUGCAAUGGCCGACAAGACUGUUACGAUGGUACUGAUGAACUCAACUGCACCAACGCGGCUACUGAAAACACCCAUAUGUAUCAAGUGAGUCGAUUCCUAAGCAUCGGAGUAGACCAGUCUUCGAUAAACUCGACGAGUUUCCUCAUAUCAUGCUGGAUGGCUCAACAGAAGACGGUACUCUAUAGCUUCUUGCCGUCCAUAGCUAAAGUCAGCGACGGAGUCUGGUCCAACAAGACUUGGACUAAUGACAGUAUUUAUAGGUUUACAGACUUGGAGCCUUACACGAAUUACAAUGUUACCUUCUACAUACGAGACAGCAAGUCGAAUAAAACUUAUCCCUCAUUGAAAUAUGUUAACACUACCACUGGGGAAGGGGAACCAUCCCCACCAAUUCGGCUAAGCGUGAGACAGCUGAUCGGUCGCCGCAUCAACAUAGUUUGGGACCGUCCGGAACAACCGCGCGGAAACAUACGCUACUACACUCUGUACUACGCCCCACCACUCCCCCCCGUCGACAAGAUCAUACCGGCGAACGGUAAUAAGACCCUGUCCGUCGAUGUCACCGGAUUCUUCGAACCCUUUAAUAAUUAUUCCUUCUGGGUGACAGCUUCAAACGGUGCUUUUACUUCAAAAUCAUCUCAAGUGAUGAACAUAACGUUCGACCCGGCUAACGAUGUGGAUGACCUCGUGAAUGCCAGUAUGACGACACUGAAUGCGACCGCGGUCAGACUCGAGUGGCAUCAGAUACGCAACGUCGAUGGGUACAUCGUCAGGAUGAGGUUGCCUCCCGAAUAUGCUAUACGCGAGCCUGUUACUACUAAAGCGACUAAUAUUACGCUUACCAACCUACCCCCUGGCGUAUUAACAUACAUCGACAUAAAAGCUUACAAGAACAACGUAUUUGGCGAUCCAUUCACCAUCCCACUACGAACGGCCGGAACCAAAGACGAAACUCUCAACUUUACCGCCAUUUUGUCCAAAGAGAAGAAAACGUCUGUACAAGUUGUAUGGGGACCGCCCGCUGGUGAUCGGUACAAGAAUAAGGAGUUGGAAUAUGAAGUGCAUUACACUAAUAUGAUACAUAGAACUAAUCCUGGGGAGAUGUCGAAUGACACCCGCAUUAUAACAAAGAACACGAGCGUCCUAAUAGAAGGCUUGCACGCGUGUGAGAGCUACGUGUUCACCGUGGGGCUGCGAGGCGGACCGCUCGCCAAGUUCGUCGAGAUCAUCACCAGGGAGAAUGAUAAGGCUCCAGUGAAGAACUUGCGCGUAGAAUAUGACGAGGACAAAGCAGAAAUGAAGAUCCUAUGGGACGCCAAUUGCAACGCUCUGAGCAAAGCAGCCACGUAUUUGCUGGACAUAACCGAACUGACGAAUAACAAGGAGAGCCACUACGAAUUGGUGCCGUCGAAAUCGUCAAGCUAUUCGCACGUCAUUGUCAAUGUGCCCGUCGGUGGACGAUACAAUAUCUGUGUCCAUGUGAACGUAGAAGACGCAGCGCUUCAGUGCACGCAGGUGCGAGGUCAGCGCCUGCAGCCGCCCAGCGGCGUGCUGGCGUGGCUGUCGCCCAACGGACACGUCAUGGUCAGCUGGGACGCCGGCCAGCCGCAUAAGAACGAAUACGAAGUGAUAGUCUCUGAGAAGGAAAUCCCAGAAGACUUGCUACACCCCACUGAAGAUAUGCGCACGAUGAAGGCGGAGAUGUCACCCUGCUUGAUGGCGUCGCCCGAGGGGGUGACGGGGCCUCUGUACGUCGGCGUCAGGACUGUCACCCCGGAGGGGUAUUACAGCGAUCUUAGUGAAGUGCAUACUUUGACUAUGGAAGCGUCGGAGCUGGAAGGUCCGUCGCCACUGCGUGCGAUGUGGUGGGGCUGGGGCGGAGCCCUGUUAGCGUGUGCAGUACUUGGCGGAGCCCUGCUGCACGUGCUGCUGCGCCACCGCCGCCUGGCGCGCUCGUUCCUGCGCUUCACCGCGCACACGCCGCGCUACGACAGCCGCCGCGGACAGGCCAUCAUUGGCGACCACGAUGACGACGACGUGCCUCCGAUCCACGGGUUUUCAGACGACGAGCCGCUCGUGAUCGCGUGAGCACCCAACUUGUGAUGUAACCGUGAUCUUGUCUAAAACAUAGUAUUUAUUUUUUCAUAAAAAAAAAAACUCACAUCUUAAGACAAAUUGUAGUCUGCUUGUGGUUGUAAAAUUGAAUUAGUUACAAUAGUCGAAUUUAUUUUAUUAUCGUUAUAUUACAACUGCAGUGCAUAGGGACAUCGAUCUAACACAUCGAUAUGUAUAUUUUUAAUUUUUUACUUCAUAACGCCCCGAGUAUUAUUAUGUUAUUCAGAAGCAAUUUAUAUUAUUUUAGUUUUAAAGUAGCUGCGAACAUUCCUUGAACACCUUUUUAGCCGAAUUAGUGUCAAUGACAGAGUGUGCCGGAAUGUCCGCAGCGUAACCGACGGGCUGUAAAUGGUAAGACUUGUUAAAUUAUGUUUAUAAUCUACGUAAAGACAUAAGUUAUAAGUUUCCGGAGAUACGGAAUCGUAGGCGACAUGAACAAUUCUCAUUUCAUAUAAUCGGCACCAAAGAAUAGAAGUACAACAUAAAGAGAUAUUAACAUCUAUGCUGAACUGUUGUUACAUUAUCGUGGAUCUCGACAUUCCCAAUGUGUUUGUGUAAUGUUUUUUACUUUAGUUCCUAUACAAGUUUAGUGCCGCGUCAUCUUAUUGACCAGUCUUGUGAAAUUGUUAAGUUAUCGUUAUAUGGCUGGGCUCAUGUAUUAUGUAAACUGUGAACAUUUAAAGAUAAUAAAUGUUUAAAAGUC